AUGCAAAAAAUCAUUGCUAAUAUUUUUGAUAAAUCAAUCAUUCACACCACAUAUAUAGUUAGGAAGAUAAAAUAUAGAAAGUUUAUUAUUAGAGAGAUUAUAAAUUUCGAACAGACCUAUAUCAACAAGUUGAAUCUUUUAGUGGAGAACCUCAAGAAACCUCUGAUAGAGGAUGAGUUUUACAGGGGCAUCAUAUCGAUCGACAAAGUAAAUCAAUUGUUUUCAAAUAUCGAGGAGAUUCUAGAGUUACAUAGAAAGAUUUUAUCGACAUUCUCCAAACCACCUCCACAUCUUAUUGGAAAAAUUUAUAUAGAAUAUUUACCACUUUUUUCAACUUAUUUACCAUAUGUAAAGAAUUAUAAUAAUGCUUUUAAAAUCUAUUCAUCUUUGGUCGACAAUGAAACGUUCUCAGAGUUGAUUUCAUUGUUUGGAUAUCUACCGAGUUAUCUCAUUCUACCGAUUCAGCAAACACCUCGAUAUGUAUUGUUGUUCUCGGAUUUGCUCAAGAACACAAAUCCACAGAAUGAGGACUAUGACAAUCUUGGCAAACUUUUAGAAAUGGUGAGAACCACUGCAUCCAAUAUCAAUCAAUGUAUUACUUCGCAAGAGAGUGAAGCCGACGAAGAGGAGCAAGUCGCCAACAACACUGGUGUCGCCAGCAGUCCAAAGCGACCAGCAUCGGCAUCAUCAAAGCGAAAGCCACGCAACAGCAUCUCUAUGCACAAAAAGGCUAUCGACGCCGUUCUCUCCAACAGCGACAACUUCCACGAUAACUACUCAAAUGUACCCUCCUAUUUAAGACCGACGAUCGCCUCCAGUGGUUGGUCUCGAUCGAAAGUGACAGAACCGCAGUCGCCGCUGCCUCGCUGGAAGUACACCACUCACAUCGACCACAACCAACUGUAUAACAUUCCUCCCUCACCAUCAUCGCUACUGAACAACACCGCAUCACCUCUACCAUCACCAUCGAAACCGACAAUUGUAACUCCCACCAAACAAUGGCAACGACCAUCGACACCCUCACAACGCUAUCACGAUGUACACAAAAUGACUAAAGCUUUCCCUCACCGUCCACCUUCACCUCUUCCCAAACCCAAUUUCUACGGUACAUUCCCUUUGAAUAGUUGUAGCACGACACCAACCAGCAGCAGCAACAGUGAAUCGGCCACAUCAUCUCCGACCUCAUCAACACCCAUCAAAUUAACAAAAUCAAACAAAACCAUAUCAUCAGGAUCACUCACAACCAUUACCAGCACAACUUUUAGCAAUCAAUCUCCUGCCACUACAACAUCUCCCGCCACUACACCCAGAGGAAAUGAUACUUCGUCGAUUACCAUUGAAAUUUCAUCCUCUACUUGA